AUGAGAACAAUAAUAUUUAUAAUAUUUAUAAUCAUAUUAUCAAUUGAUUAUUCUAAUCAAACAAAUCCACCAUUAGGAACAUCAAGUGUAACUUUUGUAUUUGAUGUAACUGGAUCAAUGCAUGAUGAUCUUUUACAAGUUAUUCAAGGUGCAACACAUAUCUAUAACGCAACACUUCAACGAGAAUAUGCUAUUUAUGAUUAUAUACUUAUACCAUUUGCUGAUCCAGAUGUUGGACCAAUAUUAAAAACUCGUGAUUCAAAUCGAUUUCAACGAGGUUUACAAGAUUUAAUUGUACAAGGUGGUGGUGAUUGUCCAGAAAUGACAAUAACGGCUAUUAAAUUAGCUCUUGAACAAUCAUUACCAAAUUCAUUUAUUUAUGUAUUUACUGAUGCUCGUUCAAAAGAUUAUUCUUCAGGUGAUACUGUUUUAAAAUUAAUUCAAGAAAAGCAAAGUCAAGUUGUGUUCGUCAUGACAGGUGAUUGUGGUGAUCAAGAGCAUAUAGGCUAUCAAAUAUUUCAUAAAAUUGCUGCUACUAGUAGUGGACAAGUAUUUACUUUACAUAAACAACAAGUUAGCGAGAUUCUUAAUUUUGUUCAACAUUCAAUUCAAACACGAAAAGUUAAUUUAUUAGUUAUUGAUAAAAUCAAACGAAAUAAACAAACUUAUACAUUAGCAGUUGAUUCUAAACUUCUUGAAUUUACUAUAUCAGUUAGUGGUGCUAAUCCACAAGUAACAUUAAUUGAUCCAUCAAAAAAAACAUUAAAUCAACGUGCAUGGUUUACACGUCUUUUACGUCUUAAAGAAGUUUAUAUAUUAAAUGUAAAACAUCCAAUGAUUGGUGAAUGGAAAAUUCAAGUCAUAUCCUCAUCAGCACAUUCGAUUCGUAUAACAGGUUUAAGUAGAUUAACGUUUCGAUAUGGUUUUUCAUCAAAUCUCAUUACUGAUUUGACACGAACACGUCGGCAACCUAUUCAAGGUACUUUAACUUAUUUAACAAUUGAAAUAAAUAGUCAAGAUAAUGUUCGUAAUGCUGAACAAAUUGAAUUAAUUGAUUUAUUUGGUAAUGUACUUAUCAGCGAAAAACUUCAAUCAAAUGUUGUUGAUUCAACACUAUAUUCAACUCUUAAAAAAUUUGAACCACCUGUUAAAACUUUUUUCUUUUACAUUCGAUUAUCUGGCACAGAUAGUAAUGGUCAUCCUUUUCAACGUUUAAGUUCAACAGCACUUACAUCUGAUAUACCAUUAAAACCAGUUGUUACUGUUGAUUCAAAUUCUAUUGAAAUAAAAUCAAAUAUUUCAAAUAAAAUUCAAUGUCAUAUACAAAGUCAACUUCCAUAUCAAGUUCAAUGGUUGAAAAAUGGACAAUUGAUUUCUAUUUCGAAUUAUUCAGCUGAUAUAACUACAACAGUAGAAUAUUUCAUUGAUCAACCAACGGAAAUAAAUGAUGAAGGAUUAUAUAUAUGUAAUGUCACAAGUACUAGUGGAUAUGAUAUUGGUGAAAUAAAUGUAGAUAUACUUGCUUCACCACCACUUGUGCAAACGGUACCAUCGAAAUCAUUAUUUGCAUUAAUUGGUAGUACUGUUUCAAUUGAUUGUCUUGUACAAAGUACAAAAGAUUAUAAAUUAAAUUGGAAGCGAGAAUUAUCAUCAUCACUAUUGAUUGAACCAUCAGAAACGCGUACAAGAAUUUUUGAAAAUGGCACUUUGGCAUUAAUAAAUAUCCAAAAGCCAGAUGAUGGUUCAAUAUUUGUAUGUAUUGCACAUAAUGAAGGUGGUGAAACACAAGAACGGAUUACUUUACAUGUACAAGAAAUUCCAUAUGUUUAUGUGUAUCCACAAACUGUCAUGUAUUCAAAUGAAUGGAAUGUAACAUUAACAUGUGUUGGUACAGCUGGUAUUCCACGUCCAUUAUUAAUAUGGCGACGACAAAAUAAUAUAAAUCCUAUGGAGCAAUCCUCUAAAAUACGAGUUCAUAAUGGAAUUUUGACGAUUAUAAUGGCAACGAAAGAUGAUGAAGGCUUUUAUGAAUGUAUUGGAAGUAAUACAGCAGGUGAAGAUAUUAAAGCAGCUCAACUUAUCUAUGCUGGUAUGGAUAUUUUUUUACAUCAUCAUGUUUGUAUUUUAUAUCAUAAUAAUGUAUUUCCAGAACCUCCUACAGUAACAACAGAGAGUUCUCAUAUACUUGUUUCACCUGGUCAUGAUGUUGAUUUGAAAUGUAGUGUAAUAGGUGAGGCGUACCCUGACAUACGUUGGUUUAAAGAAAAUGAACUUGUAACUCGUCAUCGAACAAGUCCAAAUGGACAAUUACACAUCAGACAAGCAUCUGAAGAAGAAGAUAGUGGUAAUUAUACAUGUUUUGUGCAAAAUACCGUUGGAUCAGCAUCUGCAUCAAUUCGUCUUGAUGUUGGGAUUAAACCAACAAUAAAUUUGCCUGUCAAAGAAAUUCAAAUUGAAAUCGAUGAAAAAGUCCAACUUGUUUGCGAAGUGCAUGGUUCACCAAAACCUCACAUAGUUUGGUAUUAUAAUAAUACAGAACGUCCAUAUCAAAGUGAUGAUAAAUCGACAAUGAUUAUUACAAAUGUUCAACAACAUCAUGCUGGUAUUUAUACAUGUUUUGCUUCUAAUUUAUUCGGAAAUACAAGUGAUAAUAUCAAUUUAAUUGUUACAAUGAUUCCACGAUUCACUUUUGAAUCUGAUGGAUAUUUACAUGGUAUUGUUUCAAAACCAUUGAUGUUGCCUUGUAAUCAUAUUGGUUUACCAAAACCAACUGUUAAUUGGUUUAAAGAUGAUAAUAUACUUGUUUUGGAAUCUGAUCGAAUGACAGUUGAUUCAACAGGUUCAUUAGCUAUUCAUUCAUUGAAAACAAUCGAUCGUGGUUCAUAUACUUGUGAUAUUUAUAAUGAAAUCGGUCAAGCAAAACAAUUAUUUCAAGUUGAUGUUUAUGAACCGCCCAGUUUGACAAAUAAUUCUGUAGAAAUUGAACUUAAUGUAAAUAUUUACAACUCAAUUCUUCUUCCUUGUCCAGUUACUGGUCAUCCUCCACCGACUUUCGCUUGGUUUCGUCAAAAUAAUGCAAUUAAUCAAAAUCAAAAUAUAAAUACUUAUUUACAUUCAAAUGGUUCUUUAGAAAUUCGAAAAAUUGACGUAACAGAUAGUGAUCGUUAUCAUUGUAUAGCAACGAAUCCAGCAGGAACAAUAACUCGAUAUGUACAACUUAAUGUUAACGUUCCACCUUGGAUUAUUGAUACUGAAAAAGAAAUGAUUAUACAAACUGAAAUUGGUAAGACAAUAAAAUUAAUUUGUCCUAUUAUUGGUACACCAAAUCCAACAAUUAAAUGGUAUAAAAAUGAUAAUCCACUUGAAUUAUUUGAUUCAAAUGAUCAGUAUAUAUUAGCAAAUAUAAAACAAACCGAUGAAGGUAUUUAUCGAUGUACAGCAACAAAUAGAGCCGGUACAACACAUCGAAUAUUUACUAUGUCUGUUCAUAUACCACCAUAUUUUGAAUAUAAAUCAGAAAAUAUAAGUCGUCUUCAACAAAAAUCAAUUAUAUUAAAUCAUACACUGAUAUUAUUAUGUCCAGCUAUUGGUUUACCGGAACCAAAAUUACUUUGGUUUUAUAAUGGAAACGAAAUUCAACCAAAGAAGAAACAUCAUUUUAUUAAACAAAAUGGAAAAAAAUUUAUCAUUAAUAAAAUUAAAUCUGAAGAUGAAGGUCGAUAUGUUUGUCAAGCAACAAAUAUAGUUGGAUCAAUUGAUAUUAUAUAUGAUAUUGAUGUUAUGAUUCCUCCAAAGUUUAGUGAAGAAAAUAAUGGAAUAUUUGCAACAGAACAAACAUAUAAAAAUGGAGAACAUUUACGUUUACCAUGUUCUGUAGAAGGAAAACCAAUGCCUAUACGACGAUGGUUUUUUAAUGGAAAAAAUAUUAUUGAAUUACCACGUAUUAGAUUUGUUUAUGAUGGUCUUUAUAUUGAAAUUGAACAUUUAACAUUAAAUGAUGCCGGUCGUUAUAUAUGUUUGGCAGAAAAUUCAGCUGGUCAUGCUGAAAAAUAUUUUGAUAUUGAUGUAUCAAUUCCUCCUGUAUUUAAUGAUUCGUUAACACAAGUUAAAAUACAAGCAUUAAUUAAUUCAACAGUUAUAUUACCUUGUUCAGCUUAUGGUGUUCCUAAGCCAUCAAUUCAUUGGUCUUACAAUACAAAUUUAUUAUCAGAAAAUAAAGAAGAAGAACUAAUUAUUGAACAUGUUCAAAUUAAUGAUACAGGUAUAUAUGAAUGUAUAGUAAGGAAUAAAGCAGGAGAAAUUCGAAAAAAAAUAAUAUUGGAAACAUAUGCACCACCAUCAAUUAAUUUAAACAAUGAAACAAUUCGUAUAAUUAUUCGUCGUAAUGAAACUUUAACACUGAAAUGUCCAGCAUAUGGAUAUCCAAUACCAGUCACGCGUUGGUAUAAAAAUGAAAUAGAAUUAUAUGGAUUUGAUAAAGAGUUAUUCAUAAAAGCAGUUGAUAGACAAGAUGCUGGACUAUAUUCAUGUAUAGUUUCGAAUAAUGUUGGAACAGAUCGACGAUAUUUUAAUAUUAUUGUGUCUGGACCACCGGAAAUAUUGCGUAGUCAUAUAAAUAUUCGUCCGAGUGUGGUUCGUGGUUCUUCAAUAACACUUUCAUGUCCUUAUAGUAGUGAACGAUCUUCAUUAAUAGUAAUAACUAAUACAACAUGGAUUCCUCCUUCUUUCAAAACUGAACAUGAAUUAACUCGUCGUUCAUUAAAAUUAAAUGAAAAUCAAUUAUUAAUACCAAAUGUACAAUUAGAAGAUGGUCAAACAUGGAAAUGUAUCGUUGCUAAUGAAUAUGGGUUUGAUUCCCUUGAAUUACAACUUGAAAUUCUUGUACCACCAGAAAUAUUGAAUGAUGAUGCAGAAGAAUUAUUACAAGUUGAAAAUAAUAAUACAGUUCAAUUAAUGUGUCAAACAUUUGCACAUCCACCGGCUCAUAUUCUAUGGCGUAAAAAUGGACAUCCAAUUGAUAUAAAUAAUUAUGUCAUAAUAAAAGGUAAUCAUUCUGAAAUCUUGCAAAUUUUUAUAAAUAAUGAACAUGAUGGUGGAACAUUUACAUGUGUCGCAUCGAAUUCAAUCGGAAAAAGUGAAAAACAUUUUUUUGUUGAUAUAUUUUUACCUCCAACGUUUGAUUAUGUAUCUACAAAUCGUCAUAAAAUUCAAAUAAAUCGUACUUAUACAUUACCAUGUUUAGUUAAAGGUAUACCAAAACCAAUAAUACAAUGGUUAAAAAAUGGAAAGAAAUUUUCUAUCGAUAAUAAACGUAUUCAAUUAUUUCGCGAUGAUCAAUAUCUUGAAAUUCGUAAUGUAAAUGAAAAAGAUGCAGGAAUUUAUACAUGUGUAGCUGAAAAUUUAGCAGGAAAAGCUAAACAAAAUCUUGAAUUACAAGUUUUAGUUCCACCACGAAUUGAAAAUGAUAUUACAAAUAUUGAAGCUAUUUAUAAUUCAACUGUAAAUUUAACAUGUUCAGCAUAUGGAAAUCCAAAACCGACAAUUGUAUGGUUUAAAGAAGGUCGUCAUUUACAAUAUGGUAAUAAUUAUUUGUCAGUUACACUUGCAUCGAUACAGAAUGACAUACGAAUAUUCUAUACAUGUAUUGCUUCAAAUGAAGCGGGAAGUGCAGAGCAACAUUAUCGUAUUAAUCUUCUAGUUCCUCCAUCAAUUGAUUCAAUAUCAAUAAGUCCAAUUUCAACACCAAUAGCUGGUAACCAUUUUACUUUAGAAUGUAUUGUCAAUGGUACGCCUGAACCAAUUAUUUCCUGGCAUUUUAAAAAUCGUCGAUUAUCAUCGGGACAUAAUCGAUAUUAUCAAAUAGCUCGUGCAUCAUUAAAUGAUACUGGUCUAUAUACAUGUAUAGCUGAAAAUAAAAUUGGUAUUGCAAAACAAGAUAUUCAUAUCGAUGUUCUAUUACCACCAUCGAUUGUUAAUAAUGGUCAAUUGACAAAUGAGAUAACUAUAUUAAAAGGUGAAUCUCUUGUAUUAACUUGUUUACUUCAUGCUAUUCCUCUACCAACUAUUAUUUGGACAAAAAAUGAACAAAUACUAUUUGAUUCAGAAAGAAUUUCAAUGAGUGAUAAUAAUUUUCAAUUACAUAUUGAAAAUAUUUCAUUAAGUGACCGUGGUCGUUAUCAAUGUCAAGCAGAAAAUUUAGCUGGUCGUUCACAACAAAUAUUCGAUAUACAAGUUCAUAUACCACCAGAAAUUCAUCAAACAAAUAUUAAUCUAAAUCCAUAUGUUAUACUUGGAAAACACAUUAUAUUAUUAUGUCAUGGUUUUGGAGUGCCAGAAGUAAAUUAUAGAUGGUUCAAAGAUGACAAGAAUCUAUUAGAAUCUCAUUCAUAUGCAAGAUUAUUAGAAAAUGGAGCUAGAUUACAAAUUGACGCAGCACAUUCAUCAGAUGCAGGUUUUUAUACAUGUCAAAUAUCAAAUGUUGCUGGUCAAGUUAACCUAACAUAUCUAUUAGAUGUUUUUAUGCCACCAACAAUUGAUCGAUCGAAUUUAGUUGAAAUUUAUCAAGUUAAAUUUAAUCAAACAGCUCGUCUUGAAUGUCCGAUGUAUGGAAAACCUGAACCUCAUAUAAUGUGGUUCAUAAAUGGACGAGAUUUAAAUAGAAAUAAUGAUCGAUAUGAAUUAAUUGAUGAAAAUCGUGUAUUAAUUAUAAAUUCAGUUAAUUUAAAUGAUAAUGCACGUUAUACAUGCAUUGGAACAAAUAUAGCUGGUGAACUUUCAAAUCAUAUUGAUUUACAAAUAUUUGUUCCGCCAACUAUACAACGUGAUCCAAAUGAAGAUAAUGUGAAUGUCAUCCAACAUUAUCAUAUUACUUUAACUUGUACAGCAAAUGGUGAUCCAUUGCCGUCUGUAUCCUGGGAAAAAGAUGGUCUUCCGGUUGAUAUAACAAAUUCACGCUAUAGAAUUGGACCAUCCGGUUUUCAAUUACUUAUUAUUCAAGCUGAUCCAUCUCAAGCAGGAAUUUAUACAUGUCUAGCUUAUAGUAAAGCUGGUGAAGCAAAAGAACAGUUUCGUUUAACAGUAUUAGUUCCUCCACGAAUUCAACGAGAAAAUACAUCAUUUCUUGUCAUAUCUCCAAAGCCUGUUGAACUGCCCUGUCAUGUAAUACAAGGCUAUCCAAUACCUAUUGUCAAAUGGUUUCAUAAUGAUGUCGAAUUAAAAGUAUCUGAAGGAAAUAUUGAUUUAAAAUAUAUAAUAUCAUCAUCAAACAGCUUACUACUCCUGCAUACAUCAAAACAUGAUAGUGUUCCACCAAUAGUCACAGUAGCAAGUAAUGAAAUCAUUGGCAUUAUUAACAAACCUAUUACACUUAAUUGUCAUGCUGAUGGAUAUCCAUUACCAAUCAUUUACUGGACGAAAGCAGGUCAUUCAAUUGAUACUCAACCAGGCUUUCACAUUUUAAACAAUGGUUCAUUGAGAAUUCAUCAUUUACAAGUUCAAGAUACAGGUUAUUAUAUAUGUUGGGCAGAAAAUCUUGUUCAACGUACUCAUGCACAAAUUCGAUUAGAAGUUCAAGUUCCACCAUCGAUUAAUCAAAUUGAAAGAUAUUAUACUGGUAUUGUUGGUCAAUCAGUGAAAUUGUCAUGUCAAGCUAAUGGAAUUCCUAUACCAACUAUAACUUGGCGUGGCAUAUAUAAUAUAUCAGGAACAGCCAUUAUUGAUUCAUUUGGGAAUUUAAACAUAAAUAAACUUGAAAAACAUCAUGCUGGAGAAAUUAUGUGUUAUGCAAAAAAUACAAUUGGUCAAACAUCAAAACAAUUUACUUUGAUUGUUCUUGAUUCUCAAACAACAACAACAACGAUAGCAACAAUUGUAUAUGAAAAUAUUCCAAGGCAAAUACCUUUUCUAAUAAUAUCACCAAAUAAUUUAAUUGUUGAUUAUGGUGAUGAAUUAGAAUUAAGCUGUCAAACAAAUGCACUUAAUCCAUUUGACAUUCAAUGGUUGCAUAAUGGUCAUAUUGUAAAUAAUAAUAGAUAUUUCACAUAUCUUCAUGAUCGAAAUAUUCUUCGAAUAAAUAAAGCUAUUGAUAAACACACAGGAAUUUAUCAAUGUUUUUCAAAUCAUUCAUUCAAUCAACAAUUUAUCAUGUCCAUGCCUGUAACAGUUACUGUUCGUCCUCAUCCGAACAGUCAAGAUCGUGCGGUAAUAUCUGGCCAUCGAUUAACACUUUCAUGUGAAAUUCAAAUAGGUGAAAAUGAAAAUUUUCUUGGUACAAUCGAAUGGUUUCAUAAUGGAUCACCAUUAAAAUUAAAUUCAUUCAAACGAAAUAAAAUUGAUUAUCGUAAUGGCACAUUAAUUAUAGAUCAAACAUCAGGUUCGGAUUCCGGUGUUUAUAAAUGUGUAUUUCGAAAUGAUAAUGGUACUCGUUCAGAAUCCUAUCAUUCAGUUAAUAUUCUAACUCAACCUACGUUUACAAUUAAAUUGCCUCGAUCGACACAACGACCUGUCAAUGGUUCAAUGCUUAUGCUCAAUUGUCUUGCCGACGCAUGGCCUGAACCAACAUUAAAAUGGACAAAAAAUGGAACUAGUCUAACAGGACUUGAUGAUGUUCGAAUACAAAUAUUACCUAAUAAUUCAUUGAAAAUUUAUCCCGUUCAAAUAUCUGAUACUGGACGUUAUGCAUGUUCAGCUGAGAAUGCACUUGGUGUUGCAACAACUACAUGUGAUGUUAUUGUUUAUGAAGUUCCAUUAACAACAUCUAUUCGUCAUCUUCAGGGUAAACUAAAAAAAAUCAAUAUCGAUAAUAUUGAACUUCAUUCAAAUACAAUUUUAAAAAAAACAACAUUGAAUAAAGUACAAUCGAAUCUUGCAUCAUUAUUUCGAACACUAUUUAUUUUUCUGUUUCCACCUUCUCUCAUUUCUUUAACAACAACGAACAAUCAUGAAAAUAUCUCAUCAUCAUUUUGUUCAAUCGAUGAUAAGUUUCAACGUAAUAUGAUUAUCUCAUUUAUCGAUGGUUCACACAUAAAUAUAGUUGAAAGAGUUUCGGAUAAACGAAUUGAAUUUAAUGGUUCAUAUCCAGAUGAUUAUCAGUUUAAAAAUAAUACAUUUUUUACAGAAACAAUGAUUCAAACUGAUUUGGGUAUGUUACAUUAUGGUAGAGUUUAUCGAUAA